UCAUUAUAUCAUAUAGCACGGUUGUGUUGAAGAGAUCUACACAUACUGACAGUGUUCUUAUGUUUUAGAAGAAAUCUUCAGAAAUGAAAAUAACAACUACCUACCUGUGCAUUACAGCUUUGACAAUCGUGCUGCUGAUGAUCGGAUAUCAAUAUACGAAAACAAACCAUAUUGCACCAAUCACAGUCCAGGUCCAUCAAAAGGCAACAACAGAUAAAACGGACAUACAAUCGAUCCCGUUGAAAGGUUAUAUUGUUUAUGACUGUGGUGAUCAACAUCCGGGACUCUGUGGGGGAUGGUCUGACCGUAUGUCGGGCAUGUUUAGUGCCUACGUCAUUUCCGUUAUGCUACGUAAACAUUUUCUCAUUAGGUACACACGAUCUAGUAAUUUAACAGAUUAUCUUGCUCCGAAUUCAUUCGACUGGAAAUAUAAUUCGGCAAUUCUUGCAAAUAGGUCUUGGGGUUAUCAGAAUUUUGUUUCGGAAACUCCAGAUGCUAUCAAAAAGCAGGAUUUAACAGGUCUAGACACUCUUUUCUCUAAAGAUGUCAAUUUUGUCCGUAUUAACUGGGACUACACUGAACAUUUUAGAAAGUUUCCAGGUUUACAGAAAGUUAUUCCGUGGUUGUUAGAGCUACAUUUUUCUGACAUUUAUUUAAAAUUUUUCAAUACCCUUUUCAAACCUACAAAUAUGAUCACUAAAGCAGUAAAGAAGGUUGUACAAAAUGUUACCAAACUUGCAUGUGCUCAUAUUCGUAUUGGAAGAAGUGACACGAUAAAAGUAGAUGCCAAAAAUACGGACGAGAAACAACUCAUACACAUCUGGAAUCUUCUAAAGACAAUGGAAGCAAGCAAUUAUAGCAUCUUCAUAGCGACAGACGCCGAAUUCGUGCAAAGGAGAGCAAGGACGUUAUUUAAACAUUUGCUUGAAACCGAAGGACGAAUCCUACAUAUAGACCGGAGUGCUGAAGGAGAUGGUGUGGUUGGCGGUUACAAGAAAGUAGUUGUGGAUUUUUUUGUUCUCACAAAAUGUGAUGUUUUGGUAUUAACCCUGAGUGGGUUCGGAAUUAUGUCGUCCUAUCUGAAUACCAAGGUUACCCAGCUAUACUGCCUAACGCCACACGAGCUAGUUCCCUGCUCCCGGUACACUGUCCAUAAUUUCUACCCCGGACAAGUUCUCUCUCCUGUCUAGUGAACUGGAAACUGGUCAC